AGUGAUCACCAAUCCUCCGAAGGAGUGACUGUCAAGUCAGCCCAACGUUCUUAGCUGGACCCAAAUUCAUCGUUUCUUUACGCGAUUGAUGUUUUUUGGUUCAAACUUUUUUUUUUUAAUUGACUAAGAUAGCUCUUAUCGUUGAUUUAUCUUUAUAACGACUGAUAACGUUUUCAGUUGAAUUAAUAAAUUUAGUAUCACUGUUCGUUUCGUGAAGUCAAAAUGCAGGUUUUAGUGAUUAGUACUCUACUUUUGUGUUUUUUGAUAAACGUUUUCCCUGCCCCUAGUGACAGCAAUGCGUUGUUGUAUCUCUCUCAGUAUGGUUAUUUGGCUCCUUCCAGAGGAAAUUCUAGUCAAAUUUUAGAUGAAAGAUCCUUCACAAAAGCCAUAGAAGAUUUCCAAGCAUUCGCUGGAUUAGAUGUUACGGGUGAACUAGAUGAGAAAACAAAAGCCGUUAUGACACUGCCAAGAUGUGGCGUUAAAGAUAAAGUAGGAACUGGUGAUAAUAGAGCUAAAAGAUACGCAUUACAAGGGAGUAGGUGGAAAGUAAAAGAUCUCACAUACAAAAUUUCAAAAUAUCCCAAUAACUUGAAGCGAUCAGAUGUCGAUAAGGAAAUACAAAGAGCUUUUAAUGUUUGGACGGAAUACACAGAUCUUACUUUCACCCCAAAGAAAAACCAAGUACAUAUUGAAAUUAGAUUUGAAUCUGGAGAACAUGGAGAUGGAGAUCCUUUCGACGGACCUGGUGGUACCCUUGCUCAUGCUUAUUUUCCAGUCUUUGGUGGGGACGCCCACUUCGACGCUUCAGAAGCUUGGUCAAUUAACAGCUAUCGAGGAACUAAUCUCUUUCAAGUUGCUGCUCACGAAUUUGGACAUUCCCUUGGUCUAAGUCAUUCUGACGUUAGACAGGCACUUAUGGCUCCAUUCUAUAGGGGUUAUGAACCCAUCUUUAGUUUAGAUACUGAUGAUAUUGAUGGAAUUCAAGCACUUUAUGGAAAGAAAACUAAACAAUCACCACCGAAGUCUUAUGAUGACGACGAUCAAGAUGGAGGUUAUGACCAAAGUCACAAUGUACCAAAAACUACUUCCCGUGGAGGAUUUGCUGAUCAAAGUUUAUGUGACGAUCCUUCCUUCGAUACAAUUUUUACAUCAGUCGAAGGUAAUACGUAUGUGUUCAAAGGUGAUCAGUAUUGGAAAUUAACUGAAGAUAGCAUCGCUCCGGGAUAUCCCAAAAAAAUUUCUAGUACCUGGGCGGAGUUACCUGGUAAUAUCGAUGCUGCUUUCACCUAUAAAAACGGAAAGACUUACUUUUUCAAGGGAUCAAAAUAUUGGAGGUACAAAGGUACGAAACUUGAUGGUCUCUACCCUAAGGAUAUCUCUGAGGGCUUUACUGGAAUUCCCGAUGACAUUGAUACUGCAUUGGUCUGGAGUGGUAAUGGGAAGAUAUACUUCUACAAGGGUAGUAAGUUCUGGAGGUUUGAUCCGUCUCAGAGGCCACCUGUGAAGAGUACUUACCCUAAACUCAUUUCCAACUGGGAAGGAGUACCAGACAACCUAAAUGCAGCAUUUCAAUGGACUAAUGGUUAUACAUACUUCUAUAAAAAUAAUGCUUAUUACAGGUUUAACGAUAGAGCCUUCGCCGUAGACGUAACCAUUCCAGCAUUUCCAAGGUCUACAGCGUACUGGUGGUUCGGUUGUAAAGACGCACCUGCUGGUACCAUCGGAACUAGUGAGUCAAUCAAAGGAAUAAUUGAUGAAGAGAGCUCAGAUACAAAAUUUUUGGAUGCUUCCAAUGACAGUGAUACAGAUGUACACCAUGACAUGUCCGAGUUACCACCACCUCAGGAGGUUUCCAGAGAAAGCGGAAACUCUGUAAACCGUACAGAGACAUCUGCUUUCCUAGUGACACUAGUGACUCUAACGGCGAUAUUUUUAACUAGUGUUUUAUAGAAUAGACGAAGCAAUUUUUUCGUUUUAUAAACGAAUUUGCUUUGACUGAAACUCUUGAUAAAUGUGAUUUUGAUUAGAAUUUUUUAGAUUAUAAGAUAAUGUUAUUUUAACUCAAUCGUUACUUUGACGCCAAAUCAUUAUUAAUAAUAAAAGUCAAAAUUUUUCCUUUUAUCUCGACCUAACAACCUAUGAAAUAUAGUGAAGAUUAUUUUAUACUCACUUUAUAGUUCUAUAAGUUAUCAAUGUGAAAACUAUCCAAUUAGUUAUUUGUUUACUAGGGACACGAUAGAUCCUUUGGGUCGCAGUGUAUACGAUACCCCAACAUUCGUACAUACAUAUUUGUUUAUUGCACUGCAGAUACUGGAUAGAAAUUAAUUUAAUGCAGAAUCUUUUCACUACAAUCGAUGAAUCAAUCGUUUACAUUGUGACCAAAAUACAAUAUUCAUUACAAAAAAUAUUUUUAACAAUGAGGUUAAUUUUCCCUAUAAUAACACCAUAUAUUAACUUUUGUUUCUGAUUUUUAUUUUGAUGUUCCAUCUUUGGAAGAAAUAGAGAUGGAAAUUUGAGUUAUGUAAUUUCCUAUGUACAAUAGAUAUUCUAUUAGCAGAAGUAUGGAGUGGAUUGAUUGUAUAAAAAAGAAUAAUAAUGCUUCUUUUCUAAUUAUACAUUGAUAUCAGACAAAACUUCUGAUGGUGAAUGUCGAAGUUAUUUUUCUUGCUUUAUUUUGUCUUAAACCGCUCUACAUUGUUUGGAGCAUUAUGUUUUAGGUUGUGAUUUUAUUUAUCCAUAAAUCCUCACUUUUUUGUUAUUAUUAAAUUUCUCUCCUAUCUCUCAUUUGUUCAGUAUUUGUCGUAUUACUCUAUUUCACCUUUACGUGUAUGAUUUGAUCUUAUAAACUUUAGUAUUAAAAGUCUCUUACUUGUAAAUCUUGGAAAUUAAGUGCAGUUUUUGUUAAAAGACGCUUUGAAUAUUCUCAAAUAAUAUAGUACAGCUAUAAUUAUUUGAUACCAGCUGCUAAUAAUGAUUUUAUUCCUUAGUUUAUGGUCUGGUCAAUAUUAUGAAGCUAUAUUUGUAACUGCUGUGAUUCAUGCAUUUUAUUAAUUAAUUGUAUAGAUAAUGGCAGAUUUGCUUCGAUUUCAAUACAGUCAUAUCUGAAGUCACCUCUAUCAGAUGUAACUUGUACUGUUUAAGUAUUGCGCAUAACUCACAUGAUUUAACAUAGCCAAAGUCUUAAUGUCAGAAGAUAAACAUAAUGCAUUUAAAUUUUUAAAUUAAAUAAUCAUAUGUAACAGGUGCAGGGUUGAAAAGCUGUGUGAAUCUAAAGCUCAUAAUCACCAAUCUAUGACCAUAUAUUAUGUCGAUUUUUAUCUAUACUAACAUGUUUUUGAUAAAACUUUUGUAGGAAUAAGAUUAAAAGUAAAAUAUCCAUUAUCCUAUGUGCUAAACUUGGAUAAGUAAUGAAUUCGUAUUUUAAUUUUCUUACAUUAAAAAUUUGACAGUUAUUAGUUUAACAACAGCAAAAGAUUGUUUUUGUUCAUACAUCUAUUUUAAAGAAUUUAUUAAAUCCAAAGAUUCAUAGUCUGACUAAUAUAUUUAUGUGAAAAUUAUAGAAUUAUUUGGUUUUACGAUGAAGUUUACAUUUCAAAUGUAUUCUGUAAAUUCAGUUAUGAAUAUGUUGUAAUGUAGUCAUAAUGAUGACUAAGAGCAAUAAUUUUACAAGAACAUGUAAUUGAAUUAAUUUUAACUCACAUGAGGUGGAACAUAAGUUUUUAGUUGAAUUCAUUCAAAAUCUGUUUAAUACUAAAAAGUGAUUGCAUAAAAUUUGCAAAAAAACAUAUAGAAAUUUGUGAAACAUCCCAUUAUCCAAGUAUUAACAACGAUAUUUGUUUCUCUUAUAAGAUUUUUAAAAAAUACAAUUCAUAUGCCUUACAGAAAUAUAAUCAUUUAUUGUAAAAUAUGAGGAAAAUUGUACUUUUCAUGUUUGCACAAUUUAAAAAAUAUAUAUGUAAGCUACUAUAAUAUGCUGAACUCGAUUUUUAUAUGAAGAAAUGGCAGUAAUUCCUUUUCAUGGAUUUCCCUGGAAUCAGCAAUAAAUAAAUUAUAUUUUCUAA